CGUCAACCCACAACCUCGACCCUGUCACAGCCAUGAUCGUAAAACUCCCACCCGAAGUGCUGCAACAGAUCCUGUUGCAUGUCCACGACGGUUUUGAAAGACAUCGCUUCGGCGGAUACGAUCCGCCGCUGGGUCGGUACGAACUGAAAGGGAUCAACCUUCGGGCCAACUUGUGUUCUCUGCGUUCAGUCAACCGGCUGUUCCACCAGCUGGUCACGCCAUCGCUGUUUCAGCAUGUCGUCAUCAGCAGCAGCAGCGGUGUACAGCGUUUUCAGCAAUUAUCAAAAAGUCCUCCACUGCGCCGCCUAGUCCGUCGCCUUGAGAUCUGCGUCGAAGUCCAGCCUGUGACUGACUUUGACGUUUACGACGCAAGGUUGAAGAAGAAUAAGAAAAAGAAUCUGAAAUAUCUCGCGCGGUUAGCUAUCGUCAUCCAUACUACCUUGCCAAAGUUCUCUGGCGUCAAGGUGUUGAAGCUCGACUUUGAGGAUAUUCCGUAUAACCUCAACCGGGAGCAGGACGUCUGGCCGCCUGUGUGCUGCUACGUGCAGGACACCGCAAACCUCUUUGAGUCAUUCGCUACGGCUAUGCGCAGGUCUCAGCUUGAUAAGCUAGAUGAAGUUGACCUCUCGUUACCUCUUGCAUACGACUUUGGUUACUUCCUGGACGACGACCACACCGACACAGGUGGCUACUCAACAAGGGCUCUUUUUCAACAGCUCAAGUAUCUCAGCCUUCACUACGGACAGAGCACAGAUGAUGGCGAGGGCAUAGAAUUCCGGUUUCGAAUGCCAAACGAAAAGUACGACAAGUACAUCCGGCAGCUACUACCACUCGCGCCGAACAUACACUCUCUAAAACUCAAGGGCUCUGACAUCUUGAUGCUCGACCAGUCGGCAUUCUCUCCUCUGUGCUUGCGGUCGUUGAGCUUGGAGAGCUUGUCGAUAACCGGCGAUGCCUUCACGGCGCUCAUCCAGCAAUCCACAGCCCUCGACGAGGUCAUUCUCAGAGGCGUCUACCUUGAGUCCGGCACGUGGAAGGAGAUCCUCUCGGCGAUGAUCCAGUCGCCGAUUACGUCCUUUUAUAUCGAGGCGUGCGGCUACCAGAAGGAAGGUGAAAGCGCAGAUUUCUGCCCGCCGAAUCCGGGGUCGCUGCCUAACGAUGCUUACAUAGAGACUACUGAAGCCGACGAUCUUGAUGCUUGCGAGGCUGUGUUUUCGCGGCUGCGGAAGAAUAAGCGUCGGAUUUACGGGAGCAAAUACAAUGAAGCUGCAGAUUUGGAACGUAGGAGUGCCGAUAGAGAUGAAAUAGAGUUCAAGUCGGCAGUGCUAGACGAGUAUUUGAAGAGGAGGUUUGCUGCUGAGGAGGCUGCUGAGGAGGAUGAUACGUUUGGCUCCUCAGAUACUGAGACGACUGAUACUGAUGAAGAUGAGUCUGAUAGUGAGUGGUGAUUGAUCUGCGUUGAGGUAUCAUGUGCAUAAUUGCACUGUAUUAUUAUCGGCAGGGCAGUCCGUACAGUUAUUUAAUGUGAUCGAGGCUGAAAUUCUCUGUGCUUCGACUUGCUUGCAUCAUCCCGCUUCUUACUGACGGCGCGGCGAUAAGUCAGGGAUCAUCCCGAGAAUGCCGUCACCAACUCCAAUUACGACCGGCAGGAAUAUUUUUACUUCACUGAUGAAUUGGAUGGCAAGGACAGCCUGCGAACACUUAACUCGGGCUAUUCAGGCAUAAGUCACCAGAGACGCCAUGUAGAAGGGAUUUGAGUGAGCCACCACCUGAUAGUAAUAUCAUCAUGAGCGUAGGUGCCGCUGGAGUAAUAAAA